AUGCCUGAUUUAAAUCAAUUACCAACAUAUGAAUUAUUAUUAAAUUAUAUAGAAAAACAAAAAAAGUUCCACAUACGUGAUUUACUAGAAAAUGAAUCUAGAAAUGCUUGUUUAUUAGCAAAAUAUGGAGAUAUUGUAAUGGACUUUACAAGACAACAGUUAGAUUCAGAAGGUUUGGAAUUGUUAUUGAACUUAGCACUAGAUGCAAGAUUAACCAAUAAAAUUCAAUCAAUGUUUAAUGGUGGAGUUAUAAAUACGACGGAAAAUCGUAGUGUAUUACAUAUAGCUUUAAGAUCUAAAUCUUCAACUCCUAUUUAUUUAGGUGAUCAGCAUAAUGUCUUGAAUGAUGUAGCAGAUGUUAAUAAAAGAAUUUUUAAAUUUGCAAAUUCUGUUAGAUCUGGUGAAGUUUUAGGUUCUACAGGUAAAGUAUUGAAAGAUGUCAUAUGCAUUGGUAUUGGUGGUAGUUAUCUGGGUCCUGAAUUUGUAUAUGAAGCAUUAAGAACAACUAAGGAGGGUCUUGAAGCUUCUUCUGGUCGUAAGUUAAGAUUUUUAGCAAAUAUAGAUCCAACAGAUGUUAAAAGAGCUACUGAGGGGUUUCAUCCAGAAACUACAUUAGUUAUAAUUGUAAGCAAGACAUUUACAACAGUAGAAACUAUACUAAAUGCAAAAACUAUUAAAGAGUGGUUACAUAAAUCAUUGAAAAGUGAAAGUGCAGUUAGUAGACAUUUAGUUGCAGUUAGUACUAAUAUAAGAGCAACAUCAGCAUUUGGAAUACCAGUAAAUAAUGUAUUUGGAUUUUGGGAUUGGGUUGGAGGUAGAUUUUCUGUAUGUAGUGCUGUUGGAUUGGUGCCACUUUCUAUUCACUUUGGUGUAAAUAUUAUACAAGAAUUUUUAGAUGGAUGUUGGGAAAUGGAUCAACAUUUUGUAUCUGCACCUUUAGGAAGAAAUCUACCCGUAUUAUUAGGAUUAUUAGGUAUUUAUAAUUCAACAUUUAUGAAUAAACCAUGUGUAGCUAUACUCCCAUAUAGUCAAGCAUUAUGUAGAUUUCCAGCUCAUGUACAACAAUUACUAAUGGAAAGUAAUGGAAAAGGGGUAACAUUAGAUAAUAAUUUAAUAUUAGGAAGAUAUCAAACUAGCCCAAUUUAUUUUGGUGAACCAGGUACUAAUGCUCAACAUAGCUUCUAUCAGUUACUUCAUCAAGGUAGAAAUUGUACAAAUUGUGAAUUUAUUGGUUUUGUUCAUUCACAACAAGAUUUUCAUUUAAUGAAUGAACAUAUAUCUAAUCAUGAUGAAUUGAUGUGUAAUUUCUUUGCUCAACCAGAUGCUUUGGCUAUUGGAAAACCAACUAAUGAUAUGACAGAUAAGUCUAAUAUUCAUCGAUAUUUCCCAGGAAAUCGUUCAUCUAUAAUUUUAUUGCUCCCAAUUUGUAAUGCUUUUUAUAUUGGUCAAUUAUUAGCAUUGUAUGAACAUAGAACUGUAGUAGAAGGAUUUUUACUUAAUAUUAAUAGUUUUGAUCAAUUUGGUGUAGAACUUGGAAAAGUAUUAGCUAGAGAUAUCCGUGAUUUGAUGAUAAUGAAAAGAUCUGAUUCUUCACCUGAACAAAUACAUUUAAAAGAAUCUAAGUUACCGGGUCCAACAAGAAGAUUAUUUAGUUAUUAUGUUGAAAGUUCAACUUUUAAACAAACUUCCAGUUAUGAGAUCUAA